AUGUUUCGACCCGGUUAUUGGUCCGACGACCCCAUGGACGGAGUCCUAGGCGCUGGUAUGGCUCGCCCCGGUGCCGCUGCUCGUCGCUUCGAUGAAUACUACCGCUGCUAUCCUGUGGCGAUGCUUCCCGGUCCCGAGAGAGAGAAUGUCAAUCAUGGCGGCAAAGUCAUCAUGCCUCCCAGUGCAUUGGACAAGCUUACCCGUCUCCACAUUACCUAUCCGAUGAUGUUCGAGCUUCACAACGGCGCAAAGGACAAAAUGACACAUGCUGGUGUUUUGGAAUUCAUUGCCGAGGAAGGAAAGAUCUAUUUGCCAUUCUGGCUGAUGCAAACAUUACUGCUCGAACCCGGUGACCUCCUUCAGAUUAAAUCGACCGACCUGCCCCCUGGACAAUCCAUCAAGCUCCAAGCACAGUCAACUUCCUUCCUCGACAUCAGCGACCCAAAAGCCGUCCUUGAAAACGCCUUUCGGAACUUUUCAUGUCUUACCAAAGGCGACGUCUUCACCUUUGGAUACAAUGACCAAGUAUACGAGAUGGCCGUGCUGGAGACGAAACCAUCCGGUUCCAAGAGUGCUGUGUCAGUUCUAGAGACUGAUCUGGAGGUCGACUUCGCCGCUCCGGUUGGAUAUGAAGAACCACAGCGAACCAGUGGAACGAGUACGCCCGGCAGCGUCAUCAAAGGUGGUAAACUACCCGCCGGAGGUCUAUUGCACCCACACGGUAGUAUGGCACAGUCGAUCAAUUACCCCGCCAUAGCCCCCGAGGCCACCGACGCUGUAGCAGGUGCCCGUGCCGCAUCUUCUAACUUCUUGACCGGAGGACAACGUUUGAACGCUAAGAAGGGCAGCAAAGCACCAACUCCCAACCCCUCUACUCCUACCCCCGGCGCCUCUGGUCCCCAACAUCCUCCUCCAGCCCGGAGAACAAAUGGUCCGCAGCCACUCCGACUUCCUCCCAAUCAGCUCUUCUUCGGGUACACAAUCAAGCCUGUUAAGCCUCGUGAUGAGAACGGACAGGUCAUUCCAGAUGAUGAUCAGCCAAAAUUCCAAGGAAUUGGACAAACAUUACGCGGAAAGAGAAAGGACCUGGCUGACUCUGCCACCGCCUCGGGCAGUGAGACUGAAAGUCAAAAGGGCAAGGACACCACAAAAAAGUCUGAUGGUGGUGGCAGGACAUUGGGGAAGCGCUAA